AUGUCGUCAGAGGAGGCGGUGCAGGAGGUGCGGCGCAUCUUCAUGAACAACAGCGUGGAGCAGGUGCACGACUACCUCACCACCAUCACACGCGGCAUUGAGGAGAGCGACGAGCGGCUCAAGCAGAUCGUGGGCCAAAGUUAUCGCGACCUCAUCGCCGCGUGUGAUCGGGUUGUCGGAAUGGAGCGCACCUGCAACAAGCUCCUCGCGCUGCAGAAGCAGCUGCAGUUGGAGCAGCCGCAUCAGCAAGCACAGAAGACGACGUUGUCCUCUUCGCCGUUGUCUACAGUAGGUGGGGAUCUGCUCGACUAUUCACACACGCCCCGGCGGAUGGUCCCCACGCCGCACAACGAGGCGUCUCCCAGGGCGGUCCCACCGGAGAAUAGCGCCUUCCCCACCAGCACGGUGCAAAAGGAGUCAACGGUGCCGGAUCUCAACGUGCUGGAGUUGGAGCUGCGUCGAAAACUUUUCUUCCAACACCGGUGCAUGGCGAUCGAGGGCCUCCUAGGCGCACAGGAGGUUCAAAAGGCAGCCGCCGUGUUGCAAGAAUUGCGUGAGACUCUGCGCAAUAAGGAGAACGUGGUGGAGCAGGGGCUGCUGUUGCCCACAACGACGGUGGACAGGCAGCAGCAGCAACAGCAGCAACUUGAAUUGUGUGCAAGCCGUCUGUACAACGCGACGGGGGAGUUGCUGCGUAAGGACGCCGAUGACGCAGCGCUCCGUGCUGUCGCUGCCGCAGCAUCCCCUGCUGAUGCGGCAGGUGCUAAACACCGUGUGCGCGGCAACAGCAGCGUCGACACGAGGCGCUCUGACGAACACAUGACGGACAGCAGCGAAUCAUCCGUCACGGUGGAGCACAUGGCGGAGGCACACGCGGCGCUCGGCAUACUGUCCGAGGUGCCUGCACCGCCUGCGCUGCUGCUGCUCAUCGAUCUCGUGUCCCGUAUGAUUGAGGGCGACCUCCAUCUGAUUAGCGCCGUGGAGUCGCGAAGGUCGUUAGGACGACACGCCACCGCCGGUGACGACGGCGCUCGGCCAGCAGGAGUGAUGGAGUGGCUGCGGGCGGUGCUGCAGCUGCCACCGUGCCUGCUCGACUCGGGCGAGGCUGGCAAAUUGCCAAACGUUACCACCAGAAGGAGUAUCGGGGAAGGAAACAAACAAGACAGCAGGAAUAAUGCGGUCAUUGCUCUGCAUGCGGUGCAGCGUGCACAGCAGUUGUUCUUUCACUUAGUGGCAUACGUGGCGUCGGUGGCGCCGCGUUUGUGCGGACCUGACGGGGGCGGUGUGGGUGCCACGACGGUGGAGGGUGACAACAGUGGUGGUCGCCCUCUCACGGCGGAGGAGGAAGACGAGUAUGCCAACUGCCAGCGGCGGCGGCGUACGGUGGAGGGGCUGCUCACUCUUCGCACUCGCCUCGCCGCACAGCAGCAAGAGCAAGGUGAGAAGCAAUUAACGGAGACGACUGACAUGACGCCAAUGCGGCUGAGUGGCAGCUUCACACGUGACGCCCUCUCUUCCUCGCUGCGCGCUGUCACAGAUGACAGCGUGGAUUCGUCACUCCUGCACGCGGACACCGCUGCAGAUCUGCACGGACCGAAUCGGUCACGGGCACGCACGGCGUAUCUGCGCGAGGUGAUGCGUCACGUGUGUGGGCUGCAGCUGCUCGACCCCAGGCCCCUGCGGCAGGCAAAGGCGGGAAAGAAAUAUGACGUGGACAGCGACUGCAAUGGCGAGAGCAACAACAAGGACAACAGCAAGGACAGAGGUGGUGCCAGCACGACGGUGAAGUACUGCGAUGUGCGUGAGCGGCUGCUGAUGGUGCAGGAGUUGGUGUCGAGGCUGCUGGGGUGCGUCGCGGAGGCUGGUCUUCUGCGCGAGCCGCACUGCAUUGGCGUGCAGGAGCACCUCGCACGAAGCGAGGCGUCCGGGAUGCAGACGCGUCUCGGUAGAAAUAACGAAGCUCUCUUUGAUGAGGCCAAAUGGGUGGCGAUGGUCACUAGCACGACGGAACGCGCACUUGUCAAGGCAAUGGGUGCGGCGUUGCGCAAGGCGGACCGCGUCUGCAACUCCAUUCUGGAGCGUGUAUGCAGAGAUGCUCAAGAGGAACAGCAACGGCCACAGUCAAGCCAAGUAGAAGACCCCACGAGGUCACGGCCGAGGGCACCGCCGCAGUUGACGCAGGAACUGCUUUGCCGCUCGCUCUGUGUGAGCCAACGCAUCACGGCGCUGAAGCGCGGCAGUGGCAAUGCCCGUCGCUACUCCUCUCCGUCAGUGCCACCACUGAAACGCCCGCCGCCCUCCGUAAAGGACGGCACCGCGACGAAUGCUGCGCUCGCACGUGCCGUGGUGCAGUGUGUGUGGUCUCACACAAAGCCGUUGGCUGAUGGGAAGACGUUUUACGGUACGAUGUACCCGCGUGCAGGUGGCAGCAGCAACAGCGGCAGUACCAACAACGCUUCAGCAGCACCGUCGGCUGCCACUUUUGCUGCCAACAUCUUCGCUGCGGUGUUGAGUGGUGGCGACUUCAGCCGGGCUUCGGAGAGGACGGAGGAGGAGAUGGGGGAGGAACUGCUGUUCGCGGACGACGAUGACGAGAAGGUUGAGGACAACAACAACAGCACGCCACCACCGGCAGCGGCAGAAACAGCCACAACAUCAGCGGCGCCGGCCUCACCUAAUCCAGCAUAUGUGGAUGAAGGUGAUGAUGCGGCGGAUCUCAGUGUGCUGCGGCACAUGCUGCUGCGUAUCUUUGACGCCGAACACGUGCAGACAACAGCACAGGCGGCGGCGCACAGUCUCAUCACGGCGUGGAUCACAACAGUUCUGCGACGCGUGCAGGAGCUAAUGAGAAAACGUGAGGAGAGCCAGCGGCAGCAGCUUCAGCAACUGCAAGAGGACAGCGUUGAGUCGUGCGCAUCGAUGAUGGUUAUGUUUGAUCGUUUCUCCCUGCUUGUGGAGGUGCUCCUGCAGGCUGUGGAGACGGCGCAAACAAUGAGAGGAGGGGGAGCAGAAACAUCAAAAGAACCAACUGCGUUGCUUGUGCGGGAGUUGCGCGAGACACUUGUGGCAUGCUACACACCGUGGGUGCAGCUUCUGCGUCGUGAAUGGGAAAGCGGGCUAAGCGCGGCUUACCGAGAGGCGCUGACGGUCGUCACGGUGACGACAGCCGCGCCCUCUCUGGCCUCACGGCGCUACACGCUGGAGUACGCCGCGUGCUGGCGCCUUAGCACAGAGCAGCCUGAGGCUCAGGAGCCACAACGCCAUCGACAGCAACAGCAGCCCAUCGCGUACCCCGUGCACCUCACGCCGCACGUGGCGGAACUUCUCUUCACGCUGCAGCACAUCCUCUAUAUGGUUGGUGUGGGUCAGCGCCUGCAUGAUACAGUGCUGCCGAUUCUUACCCGCGAGUUGCUUGACGGGACCGCUGCUGCUGUGUUGAAUGUUGUGCUGCCGUUUAUGAGCGGGGCCGCCGCUACCAGGAGCGGCGACAGCAGUGCAGGCGCUGGCCGUGGGGUGGGCCACACUCACAGGGGUGGCGGUGCCGAUGACGACAAGGAGGAGGCGCUGCUGCAGCUCUACUUUGACGUGCGUUACAUCGCCGGCCUCUUCACACAAGGCGAGGGUGCCUCACCUCCGCCCAUCGUGUCGGUGCUGCGGGCUAUUGAGGAACGCAUCGAUCCCGUGGCGUGGUCGCUGGCGUCGCCGCUGCUGUCGCGCGCCAAUGAGCGGCUUCUACGUGCCACCGCUCUCUCCUUCGGCUCGUGGAGUGCUGCGGCGAUAGCGGACUUGGGGGACAAUGCCGCCAUCGAUGGCGGCCGCGUGGCAACGAAUGCCCAGCCGCAGUUCAACGGCGCCAUUGUGGCCGCCACAGAGCGUGAGCGCUUUCCGCUGUUACCAUUGACCACCACCGCGCCGUCACCGCUCACCUUGACAGGGGCAACAACAGCGGCAAGGGGAGGAUUGGGAGAAGUACUGCCGGGCAGCAGCACGAGCAGCCGUCCAUGGUCGAUGAACACAACGGCUACGGCUGGAAAGAAAGGGGCCGUCGCCGCUCAUUCUUCCUCCACUGCAUCGCUGCUGUGGGGUGAUAGCACGAAGAAGGGGUGGAUGGGGUCGCUGUGGUGA